AGAAAACCAAACACAAGAAAGGAAAGAGAAAGAUACCAUGAAGAUAGUUCGUCGAGAUAUCGAGCCUGAUGGCCCUGGAAGUGUGAAGAUGGUCCCUGAAGAAGCAGAUGAUCUAUGGGUUGCUUAUAAUUUAAUUGCUGCGGGUGACACGGUCAUGGCUGUCACUGUCAGGAAGGUUUUGAGAGAAGCUGCUUCGGGAGGAAGAGAUGCAGAAAGGGUGAAACUGAAAUUAGAAAUCAAAGUUGAGACUGUCGAAUAUGACAAAGAAGGAUCUGUAUUACGCAUAAGGGGGAAGAAUAUUUUGGAGAAUGAACAUGUGAAGAUAGGGGCAUUUCACACCCUAGAACUUGAUCUCCACCGACCUUUUGUGUUACGGAAGGUGUUGUGGGACUCAUUGUCAUUGGAUACGCUCCAUCAAGCCUCUGAUAUUAAAGCAAGUGCAGACCUGGCUGUUGUUCUGAUGCAAGAGGGCCUGGCCCAUAUUUUGCUCGUCGGUAAAAGUGUGACAACUACUCGUUCACGGGUGGAGACUUCGAUACCUCGCAAGCAUGGACCGUCAAUUGCUGGUUAUGAUAAAGCCUUGAAUAAGUUUUUUGACAAUGUCUUACAGGCUUUCCUUAAACAUGUUGAUUUCAACGUUGUUCGCUGUGCUGUGAUUGCAAGUCCAGGGUUUACUAAGGAUCAAUUUCAUCGGCACUUAUUGUUGGAGGCAGAAAGGAGGCAGCUGAGAGCUAUUAUUGAGAAUAAGUCGCGCAUAAUUCUUGUGCAUACUACCUCUGGUUACAAGCAUAGUCUAAGAGAGGUUUUGGAUGCUCCAAACGUCAUGAAUAUAAUUAAAAAUACAAAAGCGGCAGAAGAGGUCCGAGCUCUCAAGGAUUUCUUUGCGAUGCUUUCCAAUGAACCUGCUCGCGCAUGCUAUGGACCAAAACAUGUUGAAGUUGCCCAUGAGCAAAUGGCUAUCCAGACACUUCUCAUUACUGAUGAGCUCUUCAGGAGUUCUGAUGUAGCAACAAGGCAAAAGUAUGUUAAUUUGGUCGACUCAGUCAAGGCUUCAGGCGGCACCGCACACAUAUUUUCCUCCAUGCAUGUUUCAGGAGAACAAUUGGCGCAGCUGACGGGUAUUGCUGCAAUUCUUCGUUUUCCGCUGCCAGAUCUCGACGACAUAGAAAUGUAAUAGGUGUUGGAUUUGAAGGUGGUGCUGAUUGACAAGUUUUCUGCUCCAUUGUUGUCUGUAUAUCUGGCUAUUUUCUUCAUGACUAUACAAAGAAUGAUGAGAAAGGUAUAACAAAGAGGAAUAGAAAUUAGGCAGUGCAGUGCAGUAAAGUUAUUGUAUAAAUCUUGAUUGCAAUUCAUUAGUUUUGUGUUUUAGAGACCAGAAUAUGUGAUUGUUCAUCUUUGUUACAAUACAAAAUGUAUGUUUGAAUAAGUUUAUCAUUUGAUUGAUCUAUUGACAUAGUUUUAGGUGA